GCUGGUGUUGGCUAAUGGAUGACACACGUCUUUCUAUCAAUAAUGUGGUGAUGCAGGCUGCAUUUGUUUGACGGCGUGACAGGAGAAAUGGAGCAAUUGCUGUGAAACGUUCGAAUACCGCGAUGGAUAUGGGGGUGGGAGGGGGAGAGUCUCAGGCACUUUGUUGGCUAUGGGCAUGCAGCAACAGUCUGUAUGUAUAUAAGAUUGAGAUUGAGAUAACUGAAUCAGCCCUGCACUUACUUAAUGUUGCCGAUUUGGUAAUACAUAGGUAUAUUUCACAGAAACAUGGCGGCAGCUAAAGGACCGAGAAGUAAAGUAUAUGACUACUUUUCCGUUGGUGAUGAAGGACUGUUUGUUUGCGGUGUCAUCGAUGAGGUCGGAAAAGCCUGUCAGAAAUCGGUCAGCCGCAAGACGAAGGGAGGCGGCGGCUCCUCCGCGCAUAAUCUAAAACGUCAUCUACAGCGAUUCCAUGAGGAGGAAUACAAGCUUGUUGUGAAGGCCGACGAACCACCUUCCAAGAGUGCGCGUGUCGACACCUCUACUGAAUCCCAACCAAAACGUCAGACCCAACAGCGUAUGGAUAGGUACAUCACGUCUUCGAAAGUGACACUGAAUAUCAGCAAGAGCGAGUUCACCGACGGACUUGUGAGCAUGGUGGUAAAGGACUCCUUGCCGCUCUCCUUCUUCUCGUCCUCGGCCGGCUUCGGUGCCAUCGCCGGGUCCAUCGCGAGGCAGCUGCACGUCAGCCUGGACAGGAACGCCGUUCGCGAGAUGGUGAUCAAUCGGGCUCGGCAACUGGAGUCUGGCCUCAUCAGCAUCAUGAGGAACAAACCCGUGUACUUGAAGAUGGACGGAGCAACCCGGCUUGGCUCCAGUUACCUGGCUAUCAACGCCCAGUUUUUUCACGACGGGAAGCCGACAAUCAAGACACUAGCUGUCACGGACUGUGCCGGCAAGCACACUGCGAAGGAAACGCUGGAGCUGCUCAAGAAAGCGCUGGAGAGGUACGAGCUCAACAAAGAUCAAGUGCUUGCUGUGGUCACGGACAAUGCCAGGGCGAUGGUGAAAACCGUAGAGCUAUUGAACCAGAGUGAUGAAGAGAGGAGCAGUGAAUUGCUAGAGGAGGGAAGUGCGGAUGAUCAGGGAGAUCAAGAAGAGGACGAGGUUGGUGAUGACGAAACACUCCGCGACCUGAUUGUGGAUCACUUCGACACGUCCACAGGCUCGCGCCCAGCAGCUGGCGCAAACACCAAUGUCCACAUGACGCGAUGUGGUGUUCACACCCUACAGCUGGCUGUACGCGACGGAUUGAAGCAACGAGGUGCACAUGCGGUGUUGGAGCAUGCCCGAAGCGUCGUGAAGAAGCUCAGGGCGCCGAACAUGGUGGCAUCUCUGAAAAAGAAAGGUCAUCUGCUCCCGAUCAUCGACGUGCCAACAAGGUGGGGCAGCAGCUACGCCAUGGUGAACCGCCUGCUGGAACUCCGGGAGGUGGUGCAAGAUUAUGCUGCUGUCGCGCCGGACUUGCACCUGUCGGACGAAAAAUGGCAGCGAAUCCAACAACUUGCUGACGUCCUCAAGGACCCAUACAUCGUGACCAUUCGGUUACAGAGCAGUGAGCUCACACCAGGGACGUUUCUCAAAGAGUGGCUGAAGCUGCGGGACGGACUGGAGAAGAAAGGGGGCAUCGGCGCCGCUAUCGCCUCCUCCAUGCGAGGGCGGGAAGAGACACUGCUCGAGUCGGAUGCCGUGUUGGCUGCCGUCUUCGCCGACGCCCGGUACAGGAUCCUACUAGGCGAGAGACUGCAACGUGCCGAAGAUGCCUUCAUCAAGAUCGCUCACAGGGUUCAUCACAUAGAGAACUCUGGAGCUUCUACUGCAGCAGAGCAUCAGCUGAGCAGCGCGAGCUCCGAGCAAGAAGACGACCCAUUUGAACAGGAGUUGGACCGGCUCGAACGCGGGCGUCAUGCAGUGAUGCAAACACCCUCUUCGGUGACGGAUGCAGUGCAUGAGAUGAAGAAUCUCGGACGACUGAAGGGAAAAGACGUCUGGAGCAUCAUCGGCAAGUACCCAGCGGCCGUUCAGACGACCAGCCUCGCCCUGGCCGCUCUACCCACGACACAAGUGUCAGUCGAACGGCUGUUCUCGGCCAUGAAACUUCUGCUAACGGACCUUAGAUCCCGGAUGAAGGAAGACAUCGUGGAGGCAAUGCUCCUCAUACGUUCCAAUGAGUAAAACGCGAGUGCUUGCAGUGAGAGAUGCAUGAUGUGAAAAGUUCUGAGUUGCUGUGAAAGCCAAUGACUCACUUUUACGUCUUUCCCAUGUUUUAGCGAUUUUGGGCAACAUGGUUCCAUUUUUCUGUAAAGAUGUGUUGGUUAAUACAAAAUACAUUCGAUGAGAAAAGAAAAGGCUGUUUUUGCUUGCUCAAAACCGUUAAAAUGCGCUAUAAGUUACUCUUUAACUUGGUGAAAAAUAGACCUAGCCGGAGCCGGAGCCGGAGCCGGAGCCACAAGGAGCCACACCAUUUUGCCCGGAGCCGGAGCCGGAGCCGGAGCCACAAAAAUUGAUGUGGCUCCACACCCCUGCUCUUUUUAUUUACAACAUAUUGCGCAACUGCAGGGUCUUGAGACACAUGCUAACUCGCAAACUAGAGAGCUAGCGACCUAAACGGUAACCUUCAAGUUAUUUCCUUUAAACUUAAAUAGCCAAAAACUUACCACUUCCACACGGAUAGGGAGGAUAACUAUUAACAGUUAUUUAACCUUUACCUUGAACAUUAAUCAAACAU